AUGGUCAACAAAGUCCUCGGCGCCUAUGUGGCUGCCGACUUUCUAUUCGUCGCCACCGGUGCCAUCCUCGUCGGCUUCUCGGUCAUUGUCCAGAACUUCAUGUUCGAGACACCGACUGAAGGCGGGCAGGCCGUCAGGAACCUCCUGUACCAGGAGUUCCCGUUAACAGCUGGCAUCGUGAAUGGCGUGUUAGUGUUCGUCACAUUUGCGUUUACGCUGCCUGCUAUUGCCAUGCCCACCCGCGGCUGGCUAAAGCUCUCGGGAUAUAUGCUCGUUGUCAACGCUGUCUUCUCGGUCAUUCUGGGACUGUACCUAUGGAUUCUCACGCUACGGACGAAAGAAACGUUAUCCCCAUUGUGGAACGCACAGGCACCCCGCGUCCAGGACUUGAUGCAAACAACUUUCGCGUGCUGUGGCUUCUUCAACAGCACCUCACCCGCAUUCGUCACCGACCCGACGUGUCCGUCCCCCGCGGCCGCUUCCCUGAUGAGGGGCUGCGCUGGCCCGCUGAGCAGUUUCGCCAACGUCUUCAUCGACAACAUCUUCACGGCCGUGUUCGGUAUGGCCGGUAUCGACGGCGUGCUCAUCCUGGCUACGGCCUGCCUGCUCAAGGACCGCAAGGAGCGCGAGCGAUUCCGAUAUAUUGACUCCAAGACCCAGUCCUCGACCUUCUAA